AUGGCAUCAUCAGUGUUUUUCAAGUUUAAGUCUCAGAAAGAACCCACCCGAGUGGAAUUUGACGGAACAGGUAUCUCAGUUUUUGAGUUGAAGCGUGAAAUUAUCAACAAGAGUGGCCUGGGAGAUGGCACAGAUUUCGACCUCUUCAUAUACACCGACGACAACAGUGAAGAAUACGACGAUGACACGACCAUCAUUCCUAGAUCAACAACCGUCAUAGCUCGGCGACAGCCAGCUCUGAAACCUGGAGCCGGCAGAGCCGCAAGAUAUGUUUCAGGCAAGAUGCCAGUGACUGCAAAGAAUGCAGGCCGCAAAGAGCAGUCAUCCAAGGCCUCAUCAUCAAAGCCGAGUGCCACUGCUAUCAGUGAGAUGAACAAUGCCAUGACGGAGGAGGAGAAAAUGGCGGCCAUGUUUGCGGCCCAGACGGAACAGUGGUCUGCCCAACAGGAAGAAAUGUCUCAUCAAGCUCCCGUCUUCAAACCCGGAGCUAAGAAGCCAGCGAAUGUCCCUGACCAUGAUCCUCCCCAGGGAUACAUCUGCUACCGCUGUGGCAAUAAAGGGCAUUGGAUUCAGCUUUGCCCAACAAACGAUGAUCCUGAUUUUGAUAACCGACCCCGUGUAAAGAGGACUACUGGCAUCCCCCGAUCUUUCCUCCAGAAGGUUGACAAGUCGGUGGUAUUGGCCCAGUCAGAUGGCGAUGAAUCUAAACGACCAUCUGGCAUCAUGGUCAAUGCCGAGGGAGAAUUUGUCAUUGCAGAGCCGGACAAGGCAUCAUGGGAGCAAUAUCAGGCUAAAGCCAAGUCGUCUACGGCUAACAAAGAAGCUCAAGCCGAAGAUCAGGAAGUGCAGGAGAGGGGUCUACAAUGUUCGAUUGACAAAAAGAUGUUCAUAGAACCAAUGAAGACGCCUUGCUGUAAGAAGACGUUUUGCAAUGAUUGCAUAACCAAUGCUCUCAUAGAAAGCGACUUCGUCUGCCCUGCAUGUCAAACUGAAGGUGUGCUAAUCGAUGACCUUCAGCCUGAUGACGAAAUAUCAAAGAAGAUGCAGGAAUACCUCAAGGAAAAGGAGACUGCCAAGAGCCCUCCGCCAGUAUCUCCCAAGGGGGAUGUUGCUACCCCUGAGAACGGCACUAAGAAUGUCGAUGCCAAGACUGAUGAUGAAGAAAAGGGGCCAGAGGGGGAGCCAUCGGGGAACGCACAAGAGUCGAAAACAACACAGAAGUCUCCAACUCCUCCGGAAGCCACCGUCAAGUCGUCCACAGUUGCCGCAGAAGGCGAAAUGCAGGUUGUCAAGUCCGAGGACAAGCAAGCUGUGGAUGAGUCGAAUACGCAAGAGGUCAACCUGAAGAAACGGCCAGCAGACGACUUUCUCGAAAACCCAAAAAUCCCCAAAGGCCCCAAGGCGAUGCAAAACCAACAAAGCAACAUGAAUGGCAUCAACAACAUGAUGAACGGCAUGCCUAACAUGGGUAUGCCUAAUAUGAUGUUUAACGGCAUGGGCAUGAUGCCUCCAAAUAUGAUGGGCAUGCCGAGCAUGAACAUGAAUAUGAACAUGGGGAUGCCGCCCAACAUGAUGGGCAUGCCGAUGAUGGGCAUGCCAAACUUUGGAAACAUGGGUGGAGGUUUUGGGAUGAACGGCAGCUGGGAUAUGAGCGGCAUGAACGGCAUGAACGGCAUGAGCGGCAUGAGCGGCAUGGGUGGCAUGGGUGGCAUGGGCGGCGGCAUGAAUGGUAUGAAUGGUAUGAAUGCCAUGAACGGAAUGGGCGGAAAUAUGGGAAACAUGGGCGGCGUGGGUGGUUUCCAAAAUGGAGGGCAGAAUUUCGGCCAGCAGAACAAUCAGGCCGAUGAGGAUGCCUAUUUUCGAAAGCCGGUCAACCCUCAUCGCCACCAAAACAAGCAACGCAGGAUCAGACCCAGCGACUACCGCGAAUUGUGA